CAAGUUCCAUUGUACAUUUUAUUAUUGUUUCCGAAUUUGGCAUUGGCGCACAAUUUCUGCUCGUUCGUAGAAUCCAUGGGAGAAAAGAAACAACCAACUUGUAAACAUUGUUUCGAGACAUUCCGCGAUAAAUGGACGUUGGUUAUUCACGAAAGAAUUCACACCGGAGAAAAGCCAUAUUUGUGCGAUCGUUGCGGUAAAACAUUCGGUACAUCGACGAACUUGAAUCUACAUACGAGGACACAUUUACUGGAAGAGCCGUAUAGCUGCGGAUUCUGCGAAUCGAGAUUUAAAACGAGAAAAGAUUUUAAUAAACAUAUCCUCCACACCCAUUCCCAGGAAGUGUCCUCUACAUCUAAAAAAAGUGUUCCGGCGCGAGAAAAACGCAACUUCUGCGAGUUUUGCCAUAAACAUUUUUCGAACGAAAAUGACCUUUUCGCGCAUUUAAUUCAUUCCGAACGGCGAACUUCCCACCGGCAACAAAUCUCCGGUAGAGAAAACGAGGAAAGAAAAGAAGAAAUCGCCGGACAGAGCGAAGUUGCACCUACAGAAAAAACGUCCGAAGAAGGACUGGAAGAAGGAGAAAGCGUGGAAUAUUCUGUCACCGCAUCCGAUUGGAAAAGGGGCGAAGAAUCGUUUCUAUGCGACGAGUGCGGAAUGCAAUUUGCCAGUGAGUGGCAACUCGACCGAGACAAAAAGAAUCAUUUAGACGCGGCUGCCAUGGAAUACGAAGGCGCUAAUUACGCUUUACCCCAAUCGGACGAAUAUUUGAGAGAAUUGUACAACACCAGGAUUGUUCUUCCACCCGCGGAUCUCCCCGUUUCGGGUAUAACGGAAGAAGAGUCCCAAGCAACCGGGCCUGUUCAGUUUCCGGAAGAAUCCGUGGAGGAAAUGACUAUAAAGGAAAUAAUCUUCAAAUAUUUCGACAAAUAAACAAAGUUGCAAAAAAUAAAAGUUUUAAUAUCUUCAAAAUCCACUUUGUAUAAUAAGUGCCCCAUAUUUUCG